UUAGUGGCGACGCUAGGUCGUGGCGGUGGUGGUUGUGGUUUUUGAAGUGAGUGUAGUAGGAAUGGCGAUGACGCAAGGGGUGCAGAAAAACACGCUGUACGUGGGAGGGUUAGCGGAGGAGGUCAACGAGUCAAUCCUCCACGCCGCCUUCAUCCCCUUCGGCGACAUCAAGGACGUCAAGACGCCACUUGACCAGGCCACGCAGAAGCACCGCUCAUUCGGCUUCGUCACCUUCCUCGAACGCGAAGAUGCCACCGCCGCCAUGGACAACAUGGACGGUGCUGAGCUCUAUGGCCGCGUCCUCACCGUCAACUACGCCCUCCCCGAACGCAUCAAAGGCGGUGAACAGGGCUGGGCCGCCCAACCUAUUUGGGCGGAUGCCGAUACCUGGUUUGAGCGCCAGCAGCAGGAGGAGGAGAUGCGGCGGAUUGAGGCGGAGAAUCGCGCGGCAAUGCAGGCGGCGGAGGAUUUGCACCGAAAACAAGUGGCUGAACAGCGAGAGGGAGAGAAGGAAGAGGAAAUUGACAUCAAGGGUGAUCCUAUGGCCAAGGCUGAAGCUGAGGUUCUAGGACAAUAGAUUACGGUGAUCUGUCAAAUCGGAGCAACUUGACAUGAUUAAUAUUUUGAAGAUCUCGAGUGUCCUAUUAAGCAAACUUUAUAGAUAUACCAAAAUCAAAGGAAAUUUCACCCCAGUUCACCAAUGUAUAGAAAUCCACCAACACCUGUUGUCUCAGCUGUAAACACAAAUAGUUAAUGUUGCAGUACCUACCCUUUUGUAAUCAUUAGAUUCCUUGUUAUUGUCAGCUCAAAGGAAACUCCACUCUAGUUAUGGAGGAUGCAUUCAAUGAAGCCGUUGACCAGAAGUAUGUCAUAUCUGCUAAAGUUGUACUACUUUAUGAUGGUAUACAUUCACACUGAAUGACUCAAUAGCAUAUUACCAAA